AUGGAGGGCUGGAUUCAUCCAAUCCUGGGGAGGGAGGGAGGGAGGGAGAAGCCCCUCUGGAGCCCCCAAAGGCUCCGAAGGACUAUCCAAGAGGGCCGGAAAAGCCACCCCACAAGAGAGCCAAGGAGCCUCGAGGGGUGCAUCCACACUGGAGACACGAUCCGCGUCGAGGCCGCUGGGGCUCCCGUUUCCCAGAAGGCCCUUAAAGCGGGCUCGAACCGGAAUCGUGUCUCCGAGGCGGACGCAGCCAAGGCAGGCGGGGAUGGAGGCGCCAAGAGGCGGCAGCUGGGGGCUCUUUUGUGGCUUCGGAAGCCGCCCUCCUCGCCGCCGCCGCCGCCGCCGCCCUUUCCCUCGGAGAGAGCCGAGGACGGGGUGCCUCCCUUCCCGCCUUUGCCGAGUCACUCCCGGGCGAGCCCCCUCCGCCUCCUCGGCCGCCUCUCCGGAGGCGCCCCGACGUCGGCGCGGCCUAGUCCCCCGAGGGGCGCCUGGAAAGCCAAGGCCAAGCGGCGGAGGGAGCCGGGGCCCGGCAAAGGCCGAGGCCAGGCCCCUGGGCAGCCCUUGGGCCUCUGGCCGGGCCUCCGCCGCUCAGCCAGGCCCAGCUGGGGCGCCUCCGCCUGCCCUUACCUUCAUCAGCCUCCUGCUGGCCGCCAUCUUGGAUCUGCUGCCGCUGCCCCACAAUCCUUCGCGGCGGCGGCGAUGAUGUUGAUGAUGAUGAUGGCGAUGAUGAUGGCCGAGCCGGCGCUUCCUGGAGGCCCCAGGAAAAGGCCAAGGAGGAGGGAAGGUCCAGGCGGCGCCUCAGCAGCAGCAGCAGGAGGCGGAGGAGGCGGAGGCCGGGAAAUGUCUUCCAUAUUGCACCAUCGUUCCUGGAUCUUCCACGCAUUGCUGCAACAUCAGCAGAAAUCCCUUGGUAACCAAGCAAUAGUGACUCUACCCGUCCAGUGUACCUUGUUGAGGAGGAAUACAACACAACAAAGCCAGGAGUCGGUUGAGAUACCCUGCAAACCCUGGAUCCAGCACUCUGCGUUAGUACAAAGGUGGAAACACUGCUUCGUCUGACUGAUAAUGCUAUCCUAAGGUUUUCUUGGGACAAGGUAUUCUGUGAAAGUCUGC